UUAGCCUAUUUAUUUUGCUUAGUUUCAAAACUCUAAAGAGUUCAUAGUUUUCCCUUUCAGUCCUUCUUUCAUUCACCCUCCUACUUCUGGGCACUAAGGUGUUUUGACUAUGGGACCGUUAUUGUGUUCAGCAGCUUCAUAGUAGAACUCAAAUCCAGACUUUGAAAUGCAUUCUUUUCAUCCACCUGAUUGUGGAUAGUCGAGGAAGCGUUAGGCCCAAUUCAUUACAUGACAAAUCAGUCGUCUGGCGUAUUGGGGCAUAGUAAUGUUUGUUUGAAUCAAAGAGCAAAUCCAGUGUUUACUAGGCUUUGAGUUUCUGAAGUAGCUUAGGUGCUCCUCCUUGUUUUUAUGGCAUUAUUUCUCUUGCAUGGUGUUCUGGGUGCUCAUGCUGAGUGAUCUGCAUGCAUAUCAAAAUCCUCUUAUGUGAAUCUUUGUCCUGCAUCUUUCCUUUCUCUAGGCCUAUAUGAAAUGCUUCUGUGCUUAGGCUAAUCAUUUGGAGAUCAGGGACAUAGGCUAGCCCUAUUUCUUUGCCUUCACACACUCAUGUCACACUUCACUGACCCAAUGUAUUUAGGCCUAGCAUAGAUUUAUCAAAGACAGGCCUACCUUUUUACAGGAUGAUUUUACAUGUAUGAAGAACCUCGAUUGAUAUAAAAUUGGAACAUAACAUUUUGGAACAUUUAGUAUGAUCCCUCUUUAAACGGUAUCUGUGACAUUGCAUGAAAAAUGUCUGUAUGAAGCUGAUCACUGCUUUUUGUCUGGGGCUCACUUACUGUUACUUCUCUCACUUCAUCUCACCUCUCCCUCUCUCCUCAUUGGACUUCGCUGGGGUCUGCCAAUCACAUUAGGAGCUUGAUGAGUUGGCUGAUGACCGCAUGGCCCUGGUCUCUGGGAUACGUUUGGACCCAGAAGCUGCCAUCGGAGUCACCAAGAGACUGCCGCCCAAGUGGGUAGAUGGGGUCGAUGAGAUUCAGUAUGACAUCACACGGGUCCAGCAGAAAAUGAAGGAGCUGGCCGCCCUCCAUGACAAGCACAUGAACCGUCCCACCCUGGAUGACAGCAGUGAAGAGGAGCAUGCCAUAGAGAUCACUACCCAGGAGAUCACACAGAUGUUCCACCGGUGUCAGCGUGCGGUGAGAGGUCUGCAGUCUCACUGUGGCCACUGCACAGAGCAAGAAGAGAGGCUUCUGAGAAACGUGGUGUCCUCGUUGGCAGGGAGCCUGCAGGAGCUGUCCACCAACUUCAGACACACACAGUCCAGUUACCUGAAACGCAUGAAGAAUCGCGAGGAGAGAUCAAAGCACUUUUUUGACUCCGGUCCUCUAAUGGAGGAGGAUGAAGACAUAGCACUAUAUGACAGGGGGUUUACAGGUGACCAGCUGGUCCUGGUAGAGCAGAACACAGUGAUGGUGGAGGAACGUGAGAGAGAGGUCAGACAGAUUGUCCAGUCCAUCUCUGACCUGAAUGAGAUUUUCCGAGACCUGGCUGGAUUGGUGGUGGAACAGGGCACAGUACUUGACAGAAUUGACUUCAAUGUGGAGCAAUCGUGUGUCAAAACAGAAGAGGGGUUGAAACAGUUACAAAAGGCUGAACAGUAUCAGAAGAAAAACCGAAAGAUGCUGGUCAUUUUAAUCCUUACUGUUAUAGUUGUCGUUCUAAUACUUAUUCUAUUUGGGACCAAGUUCUAGUGAUGCAUUCCUUUGCUUUUGGUAUGUUGUGUGUGAUUGUAUGAGGGUCUUAUCUGUACUUCAAAUGAUGUUGAUUACCUGUCCAACUUUUCAAUCAAUAUCUGAAGAAUCAUUCUUCCAGAAUCUCGCGCUGUAGGACUCAUGGAGAUGUUGAAUGCAUGAUUCCUAAGAGAGGACUAUUUAACUUUGGAACAUGCCUGCACACACCCACUGUGCUCCAAUACCCUCUUGAACAUGACCAUAUCCAUGUGUCAUGGUACUGCUACAAAGAAACACAGAAAAAACAUAUUCAAUUCCCUUGUGGUCGACUACUGAUUAAUUAUCAUGGCCAUAUAAUUUGCUUGGUUUUGGAGAAAAUAAGUGGUUUUCUUGUGAGAAUUAGCAUCAUCUGUCCAGUUUUAGUGUAAGCUAUAGUUGUAAGCUCUGCUCUUCCAUGUAUGUUAUUCCAAGAGAAGAAUUCCUACAAUUCAGCUACUGCACAGAUGAAAACUGAAUGUCUAUGAACGAGGAACAUUUUGUCUCGUGGUGUUGCUUUUACGGACCCUGGUCAUUGCAUACACUUCAUUUGUUGAGCAUUUGUUUCGUUUUCUGUAAUUCUAUAAUUCUAUAAAAGGUCCAAGGAUUUAGUCUAUGGCAAAGAUGUAUUGAAUAGCCUAAAUUGUGUCUGUGGCGGCCUGUGUUGGAAUGAACGAUGUGUUGCAAGCUUUUGCACUCAAAUUACUUUGCCGAUUCCGCUACAAAAUCAACUCUUCAGUUUCUUAUGAAGAAUGGUCCUGUUUUUUUUUUAAAGAUAUGUGACCCAUUUCAUGUUAAAUUCUGAAUAGAUUUCAAAGUGUGCUCAAGUCUUUAUUACUGCUGAUGAAGCUGAAUUCAUUGUGAAGUCCCAAAUGGCACCCUAUUCACUAAAUAGUGUACUACUUUUGACCAGGACCAAUAGCCAGGGAAUAGGGUACAAUUUGGGAUUUGGGAAGUCUUGGACAGAAUUUGCUAUUUCCAAAACAUUGUCCAAGUUCAGUUUUAUAUAUAUUUAUACACACUUCAAUUAUAAAUCAUAAUUUCUCA